CGAAUUCACUACCUUUGCUCUGGGAAGUUUGGUUUUACGCUCGAACCAGAUAAGUAUAAGAUGUACUUGACCCGCUUUCACUGAGUGCUCUAACAUCAAGUAGUCGGUCCACAAGUAACCGUGAUUUUUGCAGAACGUAGUUUUGAUUUAAUUAAUAGUUACGGCAAUUUUUUACCGCAGUGUCGCACAGCUCUUUGCAAUUUCAUUCGGAAUCGUCAUCAUGAAGGAGUUCGUGAUCGGUGGCCCGUCUUCGGGCGCAUCCUCGUCCUCGGCCUCGUCCUCCUCUCCGUUGAAGCUUUCAAUUGCGGAUGAACUCUUCGAUUUUUUGUCAAAAGAAGCGCUGCCGAACCUGCUAUCAAAUGUAAAAAUGUCUGGGUCUGGAAGAGUGCAUGUUUGUCAUGCUUGUCUGGCGUGACUCUUGAAUCUGUCAUGCAAGUUACCCAAGAGCUCCAUCUUUCUGUGAUGCAGAAACGCAGUUUGUCAUGCAGAAAAGGCAACACCUAGAAGCUCAGAAACUUGUGAUGCUGAGCCAGCAUUUCUGGCCUCAUCAUGAGACGCCACCCAGCAUCACAAGUUUCCAGACCCAGACAUUUUUACAUUUGAUACCUGCCGCUGAACAACAAUUUAACGGUGAACCCGAAUUUCUUCGACCAGCUGGGCCUGUUCCUGUAUGAGUUCACGGAUCGACAAAAGGCGCUCCUGAAGAAGCGCGACGAGAUCCAGCGGUUGAUCGACGAGAAGGGGCCCACGGCGGCGUCCGAUUUGGAAUUUUUGAAGGAAAUCGGGUACCUGGUGGAGGUCUUCGAGGGCAAUUUGUCGAGCAAAAUCGAUUUUCAGGUCCAAGUGGAGGACGUGGAUGCGGAGCUGGCUCUGCUGAACGCGCCCCAGCUGGUCGUGCCAGUGGACAAUGCGCGGUUUGCGGUGAACGCCGCGAACAGUCGGUGGGGCUCGCUGUUUGACGCCCUCUACGAGGCGGACGUUUUGCCCCAAAAUGCUGCAUCGUCCGCGGUUAUUAAGGGCUACGACCCGAACCGUGGGCUGCAGGUGUUCGCGAAAACUUUCGAGUACCUGGACCUGAUUCUGCCUCUCGGGUCCGAGCAGGAGGAGGCCGGCAGCUGGCGAGACGUUGCGCAGGUGAAAUUGACGGAAAAAAGCUCCUCGCGCGUCUCGGAGGCGAAGCACGGCGACUCCUCGGGUAUUAAGGGCGGGACGACAUCCUGCCGCUUCAAGGCACAGCUUGCGAACGGCGUGGAACUUUCUUUGCGGGACCCCGCGAGCUUUGUCGGGUACAACUUACUCGACCCCCCGGGAACCAACAAAAAUCGCUGCGAAUACUUCUUCCGGCACAACAAUUUGCACCUGCUGCUCAAAACGGAUAGUAGCUCGCCCGCUGGCAAGCAGUCCAAGUGGAACUUAUCCGAUGUCGUGCUGGAAGCUUGCCCAACGGUCAUAAUGGACAACGAAGACGCCACCGCCAGCGUCGACGCGGCGGACAAAACGAAGGGGUAUCGCAAUUGGCUCAAACUCAUGAAGCGGGAGCUGACGGUGAAGUUUUUUUUUGAUGGUUUUUUAGUAGACCGCAUAAUUUUGUUUCUGACCUUAUUUCUAGUCGACUCUUUUCUUUUGGUUCAGUCGUGGUCUCCUUUCAACUACAUCUAGUUUGAGAACAACUCUAUGCAUGUUGAAUCCGAGCAUCGCAGUCGUGGACGCUGUAUUUUGUCUUCCUUCUGUUUGGCGAAUCGUCAUUUCGUGUAGUACACAUUCUGAUAUUCAUAACCUAUCAGUCCCACAACGCGAGUGGGAAGCUGCGGAAGAUGAAUGACGACCUGGAGUUCACGUCCGCAAAGGACAACACCACGAAAUGCCAUCUGCCGGGCACGUGCGUUCUGCUGAAUCGAAACGUCGGACUGCACAUCUUCACCGACGCAGUGCUCUUGAACGGGCAGCCAGUGCCGGAGGGAUUGCUGGAUCUGUUUCUCAUCGCUACUUUGUCGAUGCACGACGUGUUCAAGCUGCGGAAGAACAGCAGGACGAAGAAUCCCUCCGUCUACAUCGUACGGCCGAAGCUGCACGGCCCCGAGGAGGUCAGUUUCGUCAACGAGGCCAUGAACCGCUGCGAAGAUCUGUUGGGGUACAAGCGGCAUUCCAUAAAAAUUGGCGUUAUGGACGAAGAAAGGAGAACCAGCGCGAAUCUCGUGGAGUGCAUUCGCGCGGUCAAGAACCGGAUCUUCUUCAUCAACACAGGUACUGACUGGAAAAUUAGAAAAUGUCCGGACAGGAUAGAUGUCGUUUUUUUUUGUUUACUUGCAAAUGCUGGUGCUGUAGUAGCGAUGAUGAAAAAUGCCAAGCCUUUCAGGAGAUCCGAUUGGAAAUUUGUUGAUCAUCAACUGCGUCACUGCAACUUCAGGAAAAAGGAUCUCGCAAAAUUUCCAUUUCGUUCGUAGCGGGUUUCAAUUUUGAAUGAUGAUCGUACCAAGUGUCGCGCCAUCCAUUUUCGUAGAGCAUCUGCGUCCACGAGGACGGUGCGGUGACAUCAACCAUUUGACACACUGACAAGUUUCAUUACCCGUUUGAUAAAACGUAUUGCAUUUGCAGCACACAGAAAACAAAAGUCGCGUCGUUCAUAUCGCACAUGAUGACACUUUUUGAGAACAGCAAACACCGUUUCUCAAACAUUCGCAGUAAGUGUCCGACUAAGUGGCUGCAAGAAAAAUUUUGCGGUUGCAUAUGCUGGACAAACUUCCUUAGAUGUCUGAAUCGAAAUUGAAACAAACCAAAGAUGGCGCAAAAAAUGUUUUCCGAAAAAUUGAUUUUCGGAUGCCAUGCUGGUCAGUAUUUUUCCUCUAGUCCAGCGAUAUCGAACUUCUGAGCUCCGAAGUGAAUUUUUUUGCUUCCAUGGCGUCUCAGUUUCGGUAGCAUCCAAAAUGAGAACCAAAUGGUCGAUGACUGAUGAUUUUCAUCUGCCUCCCACUUGGUUCUGCUCCAUAUUCCUUGUCGCGGUAGGUGCGCUGAGCUUAGCGUUUUGCGCUUCUCGUUGCAGGGUCGCACUGCGGCCAAACUGCCGGGUCAAACCAUGGAGCAGACAAAUCGAUUUUGAAAUUUCUUCAUCAUGUCUACGUUUCUCCAAGGAUCAAAAAACUAAUCUUAUUUUACGGAGAUCAAAAUUAUUCGUCUGACUCUGACCUUGCUCCCUGCAAAUAUUGGUCGUGAUGCCGGUAAAACAUACUCUCUAAAAAAGGUUUCUUGGAUCGUGUGGGUGACGAGAUCCACACAAUGUUCAAGAGCAAGAAGUGUUUGCGGAAAGCGGACAUCAAAAAGUCGACUUUUCUGAAUGCGUAUGAGCAGCGAAACGUGCGGAUUGGUGUGUCCUGCGGACUGCACAAGUACGGGCAGAUCGGAAAGGGGAUGUGGGCAGAGCCAGAUAAUAUGAAGGCAAUGCUGGAGCAAAAAAUUGGCCACUGCAAGGCAGGAGCUAGCACCGCCUGGGUCCCAAAGCCGAUCGGUGCAACUCUGCAUGUGCUGCAUUAUCACAUGGUACUAUUUUUUUAGCAUAUAUUCAUUUUCAUUUUUAAGAUCGCGCUCGCACUAAGUAGAAAAUCCCUCUUGAAGACUCAACAGCAGCAGCGUGAAAUAUGGUACAAUACGAAGCGGUAGGGGCAAAAGCCUUUUCAGUGUCGUGAUGUUCCUUGAGGACUUCUAAACUCCAAAAGGUCGACGUGGGUGCGAUUCAAAAAGAGUUCGAGCAGUCCCCUGUCGCCCCAGAUUUUCUGCUGGCGGAGCUCCUCACUCAGCCUGCCUUGCCGGACGGCAGGAUUGAGUUGUCCAGGGAGGAAAUUGACGCGGAGCUUCACAAUAAUCUGAUGGGGCUAUUGGGCUACAUCUCCCGGUGGGUGCAGCUCGGGUUGGGUGCCUCGAAGGUGCAGGAUAUCAACGGAACGCCACUGAUGGAGGAUCUGGCGACCUUGCGCAUUUCGUCGCAGGCCAUUAGCAACUGGCUACACCAUCAAAUACUCGACUGGACGCAAGUGGAGCAGGCGAUGGACACAAUUGCAAAGAAAGUGGACGCGAACAACAAGAACGAAAAGCUCUACCAGAAGAUGGAAAAAGGGGAAACCUCCUACCAGUGCGCGCUGGAGGUGCUGAAAAAUGGGCCGGACGUGUCGAGCGGUUACGUGUGCAACACGCUGGCAAAGUACCGAAAACUGCGCAAAGAACAAGAUCAGCAAAGUGUCGCGGUUCAGGCAAAGCUGUAGCGCCUUAUCUCGGAACUACUCGAUAGUUUCGUGCCGGCCGCGCGGGCUGAAUGUGAAUAGCAGCAGUUGUUUAUGCCCUGAUUUUCCUGGUCCCGUAGUACGACAAAGGGUGGGAAUGUGUGGUGCAAGUGUGAAGCAAAAGUGAAUUGCUAGUCGUCAAGCAAGCAUCAUCUUGAUUCGACACCGCAACGGAAUUUGGCAUGAUUUUUUUCGCGGGACUCGUGUACCUUGAUGAAGACAAGCUUGUGUGUGAAGUCGCAUACUGAUCGAAAGAAAAAUCCCCUGACGCAGAAUAUCCGUGAGAGUUCCGCGCGAGCUCGCGCACGGUACUGUUUACUCGCCGAUCAAUUUUCCGCAUGAAUUUGCUAGUAUCACUUUUACACAUGGAAAUCCUGUUUGUCACGCUCGAUGCUGUGCGUGAUUCUGUUUUUCCCAUAGGAGACAGUUUCGAAUUAUACACAAUUUUGCAACAGGUUGCCAAGCAUAAAACUCAGAAUCAACAAAUCAAAAAGAGCAACACCGUGACGACUGUUUGCCGGUCC